AUGAUUUGUAUCGACAAUGUAUUGGGCACUAUAUGUGAUCAACAAGUCUUAUGUGGUGAAUGGUGCGGAUCUGUAUCCCUGGUGGAUGACUCACUGCGGGCACUCAAUAGUUGUGCCGAUUUUACUGCUGGAAGCGGUGACAACAUAUCACCGAAGAUCAAGACUCGCGAUCGAGAUGUCAAUACUGAUGUAUGGGUCUAUUAUCUGGGUUUGGCUCAACACAUAUGGGUUUACGGUAUUCUUCGUACGAUGUCUUCUGUCAAUCGUGCGGUCAUUUUGUGCGGUUUCGCCGUCUAUUCAAUAGUUCUCUAUCUUUUUGGUCUACUUUUGCACAAAAUUGUUUGGCCUAAGCGUCGGGUCGACGCCUGGCCUCAGCAGUGGUCACCCGACGAGAUAUCUAUCGGUCAGUUGGAGUUUGAAAACUUCAGAGUCAGACAGGGAUUGAUCCGUUGA